CGGCAUCUUCUGCAACUUCUCUUUUCCCGAGAACCAUCGAGACACCGUCACAGUAGCCUGAGCCGUCGAGAAACAGAGAGAGAGAGAGAGAGAACGUGAUGAGAUGGCCAGAGCGUGGUCCACGUUUCGUUCCGGUGAUUCCAAAUGGCGGAUGCCUCCUCGUCUCUUUCUCCCUCUCGAUUGCCUCGGUUUUAGGGUACCCUGUGUUAUUUAUUUAAGACGGCACUAGCCUUCUCCUGGCAUCAAUCUCCCUCGCAUUGAAGUAAAGCGGAGCGGAGGAAGGCUUCCGUGGCUUCCUCUCGCCGUCGAGUCACGCUGGGCUCUCCUGCUAGUUUUGUUUACGAGCUCAGGAGCGAAGCGAUGUCUACUCUGCCAGCACCUCCCCGCCCCAAAAGGAAGAAGAUUUGGGUGGACUAUCUGGUCCAGUUCCGAUGGAUCAUCAUCGUCUUCGUCGUCCUGCCCCUCUCCUGCUUCAUCUACUUCCUGUCCUACCUGGAGGAGCGGAAGACCGAGAAGAAGCCGUACAAGCAGCGGCAGAAGGAGCACGAGGAGAACGUCCACAAGGUGGUGAAACGCCUCCAGCAGCGGAAUCCAUUCAAAGACGGCCUCGUGUGCACGGCUCGGAAGCCCUACAUCGUCGUCGGCAUGCGCCACGUGGACUACAAGCGCGCUCGCCACUUCGAGGUCGACCUUUCCCCAUUCAACAACGUCCUCGACGUCGACAGGGAAAGAAUGGUCGUCAAGGUGGAGCCCCUGGUGACGAUGGGUCAGCUUAGCCGGAUCACCGUUCCCAUGAAUCUGGCGCUCCCGGUGGUCUCGGAACUCAACGACCUCACCGUCGGAGGCCUCAUCAAUGGCUACGGCAUCGAGGGCAGCUCCCACAUAUACGGCCUCUUCUCCGACACUCUGGUCUCCCUGGAGGUCGUCCUGGCCGACGGAAAAGUCGUCAGAGCCACCAAGGACAACGAGCACUCCGACCUCUUCUACGCCAUUCCUUGGUCUCAGGGAACGCUGGGUCUGUUGGUGUCAGCCGAAAUCAAGCUCAUACCGGUAAAGGAGUACAUGAGGCUGACCUACAAGCCGGUGAGGGGGAGCCUGGCGGAACUGGCGCAGGCUUACGCCGACUCGUUUGCACCCAAAGGUGGCGACCCGAAGAAGAUGCCGGAUUUCGUCGAGUCCUUGAUCUUUACGCCCACGGAGGGGGUGUUCAUGACCGGGGCCUACGCUUCCGAGGAAGAAGCGAAGAGGAAGGGGAACGUGAUCAACCGGGUGGGGUGGUGGUUCAAACCGUGGUUCUAUCAGCACGCCGAGACGGCGUUGAAGAGGGGCGAGUUCGUGGAGUACAUCCCGACGCGGGAGUACUACCACCGGCACACCAGGAGCUUGUUCUGGGAGAUGAAGCUCAUCCUGCCGUUCGGCGACCAGUGGUGUUUCCGGUGGCUGAUGGGGUGGAUGAUGCCUCCCAAGAUCUCCCUGAUGAAGAUUACUCAGGGGGAGGCGAUCAGGAAGUACUACCACGACAUGCAUGUGAUACAGGACAUGCUGCUGCCCAUGCACAAGGUCGCCGACGCCCUGGAGUUCCUCCACCGCGAAAUGGAGGUCUAUCCGAUCUGGCUUUGCCCACAUCGCCUCUUCAAGCUCCCGGUGAAGACCAUGGUAUACCCAGAACCUGGAUUCGAGCUGGAUCCGAAACAGGGAGACACCAGCUUCGCGCAGAUGUUUGCGGACAUCGGCGUCUACUACGCCCCCGGGCCUGUGCUGAGAGGUGAGGAGUUCGACGGCGCCGAGGCCGUGCACAGGCUCGAGGAAUGGCUGAUCCAGAACCAUGGUUUCCAACCGCAGUACUCGGUGUCGGAGCUCAGCGAGGACAACUUCUGGAGGAUGUUCGAUCGAGAGCUGUACCACCACUGCCGCAGGAAGUACAAGGCGAUCGGGACUUUCAUGGACGUCUACUACAAGUCCAAGAAGGGGAAGAAGACCGAGAAGGAGGUGCUGGAGGCGGAGGCCGCGAUCGCAGAGACCGAGUACGCCGUAGCCGAGAAGGAGAACUAGAACCGAGCGAGCCGCCUCCAGCACGCCAAUAAGAUUGGGAUUUCCCAUGAUGGAUGGAACUCGAGUAGGGCAGUAUCUGCCUGCCAAAUCUUCAUGUGCUCUUUGAUGCUUUCAAGUAGUGUAAAUCGUGUUGGAGCUC